UGUGCGCAUACAUACAAUAAGUGUUUGUGUUGUGGUGUGCGUGUGUGUCAUUGAAUUAGUAACGCUGAUUCAACUGUGAAGCGUGACAACGAAUAUGAUUAAAAUUACACGUAAGCGGUUAAAGGAUACGCUAACGAACGUAUCGAGCUGAGCUGAUUUGAAUUGAAUUGAAUAGCAAUGCAAGCGGCGAGCUGAAGAGAUGCGGUGUAUAUGUACAUACGAGUAUGUGUCCUAAAGUGUGCCCACACAAACAAACUAAAAUAAUCCAACAUACUUGAGCGUCCGUUGUGUGAAUAUGCAGCCUCAUCCUUUGAAUGUCACGAGCAUCAAACGGCAAAAAACCUUCCCAUACACACUAUUUCGAGGCGUAUACAAUAAAAACAAUAAAUGAUGUCCUGGAUAGCGAUAAUAUUUUACACAACAAUUUUCCAAAGUCAACCAAAUAAAAAGUGCUUCUCAUACAGCCACGUAUUGCUUCCUUCCACAACGUUGUCUUCAAAAUUAUAAUUUCGUCUGGAAAUGCAACUACUGUACUUUUGAAUCUGAAUCUUCCUGCCAAUCUUAGAGAUAAAUUGCAAUGCAUGCUAAUGUGACAUCGGAUCGUGGUGGCGGCAGCGGGUCAUGGCGUUUACCACCUGACGAAACCUUGCAGGUGCAAGAUCCCAAACAAAAGAAUGAUGAUUUAGAUUUGGAUGAAGGCCAUAAUUGGCGUAGCAUAAUAUUUUCACUGUUAGUUAUUAGUUUUGUAAUAGCCGGAAUUAUAACCGCAAUCUAUCUAUUAGGUUAUGUCGAUGAACUGCUGUACUGGUCAGGUCGUCGUAUGAUACUCGACGAGUACCUGCAGGGCGAUUUGACGCCCACACGCCUGCAACCCGCCUGGGUUACCACGCGUAAGUAUGUCUUCCAGUCAGAUGACGGCGGACUGGCUAUAUUGGACACCACCAGCAAUUCGGUUAGCACGCUCGUUACUAAUCAUACGCUACGGCAGCUAAAUGUGCGCGGCUAUCAGUGCUCACACGAUCUGCGAUAUGUUCUUUUUAGGCAUAAUGUUAAGAAGAUUUUUCAAAAAUCUUUUACCGCAUUUUAUACAAUCUACGAUGUUGAAAACGAUCACCAUAUGCCUGUAAAGCUAAAGGACUCGCCCAAGGUGCAGCGUACACGCCUGCAGUAUGCCGCUUGGCUGGGCAACACUACCUCCCUGGUAAUCGUUGUCGACAACGACAUCUACCUACGACAAUCACCCACUGACGAGGAGGACUUACGUAUCACAAAUACAGGGUAUCAAAAUGUUAUUUACAAUGGCGUACCAGAUUGGCUCUACCAGGAGGAAAUUUUAGAGAAUGCGGAAGCGAUAUGGGCCUCCCAAGAUGGUACACACUUUAUGUAUGCCUCGUUCAACGACAGCAAAGUGAGUAUGAUGACAUACCCAUGGCUUGCGUCGGGUGCGAUUAUUGCUGGUAGUGGCAUGACAUCGGAAAGCUCAUUUCCGGAAACGAAAAAUGUGCGCUAUCCAACGCCCGGCACAAUGAACCCAGAGGUAACACUCUGGCUGGUGGAUGCUAGUAAUUUUACAGACAUACAGUAUUUUAUACUGAAGCCACCUCCUGCUUUAGAUGGACAAGAUUUUUAUAUAACAUCGGCCGGUUGGAUUUCGGAACAAAAUCACCAAGUCUCUGUCGUCUAUUUGACUCGCUCUCAGAAUUACAGCAUAAUCGCGACCUGUCUUGCCGAUACAAAUUGGACAUGCGAAGAGAUUCACUCAGAACGUGCUCCCGAAGAUGAAUGGCUUGACAUACUUCCUCAUCCUGUCUUCGCCCCCGACGGUAACAGUUUUUUAAUAUUGGCGAGUAUACAGGAGUUCGGCAACGAGCAUUUCACGCACAUCAAGCAUGUCACUAUUACACAACAACGUAUAUCCGUCAUAUCACAUGGGCGUUAUGAGGUGCUAAAAAUCUUAUGCUGGGAUACGGUCAAUCACUUAGUAUACUAUCUAGGCACCCAGGAUAAAAAGCCCGGGCAGCGGCAUUUGUAUAUGGUGAAGGACCCGGUCAAUGAUGAGAGUAGAAAAAGUGAGCCGCAGUGCAUUACCUGCGAUUUAGGCGAAGCGCUUUGGAGCAGUCGCUACUACUACGUGAAUUGUUCCCAUUUCGAUGCCUUCGUGACACCAGUGUCUUCCAUAGCAACUCAAUACGGUAUUGAAUUUUACAUACUAGAAUGCCAAGGGCCCGGCUUACCUGUGUCGGGAGUGCAUAUGCAAAAAUCACAUAGUUUGGUAAAAAUACUUUACGACACCCGUCCGUUCUUUACGGAGCGCCUGCAAAAGUUGGCGUUACCCACACAACGUUCAUUCGAGAUACCAUUGCCACAUGGGAGUCGUGCACAAGUGCAAUUACUUCUACCGCCUAGUUGGCGUGAAGAACUUAGGGAUGCCGCCUUUCCGGUUGUGGUCGAAGUUAACGGCCGCCCAGGUUCCGAGUCUGUUUCAGAAAAAUUUCGAAUAGAUUGGGGCACGUAUAUGUCGUCGCGUAACGACGUUAUAUAUAUACGCUUAGAUGUUCGUGGCGCGAAGGGUCAAAGUAAAAAGCAACUGUACCGACAUUUGGGCGGCGUGGAAGUACAGGAUCAGAUUUCUGUUUUAAGAUAUCUUUUGGAAACUAUUAGUUUUUUAGAUGAGACACGUGUGGGUAUCUGGGGAUGGGGCUAUGGGGGUUACGUGACUUCGAUGGUGCUUGGCACGCAGCAGGAUGUGUACAAAUGCGGCAUAGCCAUAUCGCCUAUAGCAGAUUGGCUUUACUACAAUUCUGCUUUCACAGAACGCAUAUUAGGCUUGCCAGCGGAAAACUACAAAGGCUACGUCGAAGCCGAUGCAACGCAGCGGGCGCGACUCAUUAAAUCACAUUCAUUCUUCCUAAUACACGGCUUAGCCGACUCCACGGCACCCUACAUACAUGGCAUACAAUUGGCCAAAUCGCUAACAGAUGCCAACAUAUUGUACAGAUAUCAGACGUACGCGGAUGAGGGUCACGAUCUGUCCGGGGUGCUCGAACAUGUUUAUCUAUCGAUGGAACAUUACUUUGCUGAUUGCUUAAGUCUCGAUCCGGAUGAUACGAAACCCGAUCUGGAUCAGAAAAUAGUGCCAGCUGAGUAGAGAGCGGACGGCGGCUGAUUUAAAAAGUAACAAAACUGAGAUGUUAUAGCAAUUAAGCGCGACAUAGUGAUUUAAAAAUAAUUAGUAUUAGAAUAUAAAUAUUACAAUUAAGCACAAGUGCAUUAAGAAUGAGAUCAAAGUGAAAGUAAAAGGACUAAAAUAACAAUGAGUAGCUAAGGCAAGCAGAAGACAUCAAACAUACAUAUAUGAAAAAUCAGUUCUA